AUGUCCCAUCAUCGACUGCCACAUUGGCUAAAUCAACGUACUCUCACUUCACAUUUCCUAUUCGGACCAUAUGUUUUCUUCCCACUUUUAGCUGCUUUCACUUGGUUAGGAGGUUUAUUAGCUUUAUUGGGAUUAUGGGUACAUGAUGGUAAACCAAGAUAUGAAAGUGAUGAAGCUAGUGUGGUUUUUAUUUCAGAUACUGGCGCUGCGCAUAAAACCCUGUUCAUAUGUAUAUGCUGCGUCACCUCGGCAUUUUACAUAUCAUCUCUCUUCGCUGAAAGAUGGUUGAGACAUGAAGAUCGUCUUCCUACCGACCUACGAACAAGGGAGAAGGUGUUUGAUUGGUUAGCUAUUGUUUUCUGUAUUUUUGGAUCUGCAGGAUUGAUCUUGUUGUCCGUUUUUGACGCUUUCAAUCACGGACGGAUUCAUUGGAGUAUGACAUUGGUAUUCAUCGUGUGUAUAGCCCUAUCUGCCAUCUUCCAGACAGGCGAAGUGUGGUCGCUACACAAAGAUCACCCUGAUAGAAAAAGUCUCUUGAGAAAUUCUGUAUAUAAAAUGGCCGUCGUCCUCCUUGCCGUUGUCUGUGCCAUCGCUUUCGGCGUGACAUAUGCUUAUUGUCACGGUAAAUCAACCCCUAUCAAAGGUCACACAAGUCAACAAUGCAAUCGCGUCUCUUCAGCUUCCGCCGCUCUUGAAUGGGCCAUCGCCUUUAUCCUCUUCUUUUAUUUUCUCACGCUCGCAGCCGAUCUGUGGCCAGCUGGGAAAUCAUCCCCUCGCUAUAUGCGUCGUCUUGCUCGAUGGCAAGAGAGUCGUGGAGAAGGUCACGAUUUCACGGGUCGAAGAGCUUUCGGGAUCCAUCCUGAGAGAUGGCAAUCUAGAGCGCAGAGGUGGAUAAAAGAGAUGACAGCACGGAAUCAAGGCUCAAAAGCGGAAACAGCUAGUGAAGCACCCAUGAUGCGACAAGUGUGA